AUGUUGGGCCCCGGCCCUCGGCCCAAACGGCGCCGCUUCGAGUUUCAGCCCGGCGAUGUGGUUGUGAAGAUCCUGGUGAGCCCGGCUACGGCCAGCAAGAUCAUUGGCACGGGCGGUGCCGAGGUCAAAGCCCUGAGGGCCCAGAGUGGGGUAACCCUGCACAUUUGGGAGAACAAGUUCGCGGGCACAGGCCUCCAGGUUGUGGUCCUCGGAGGUCCGCGACCAAGUGUAGACCAAGGCUUGGCAUUCGUGAUGGAGAAGUUGGCGGAGGAAGCACUGUCGGGCUCAGGUGAGGUCGUCGCACAGCUGUUGCUAACUCGCAACACCGUGUCCAAGAUCAUUGGCGCCAAGGGCGCGAACAUCCAACAGCUACGGCAGGAGUUCGGUUGCCACAUAGAGGCCGACAAGCUUACCCACAACGGAGAACAAGUGCUAAAGGUCAACGGGCCGAAUGAGAUGCUGCAGCAGCUCCUUUUCAGACUCACUGAGCUCGUAGAAGGGUCUGGCGAUUCCCAGCAAGUGGCCAACAACGAGUAUGGCACAGAUGCAGGCUUCGCCGGAACUUGGAAAGGCAAGGGUUCAGGUCCCAAGGGCGUUUUCGGUGAUUUUGGCGGCGGUGGCAAGGGGGGUGAAUAUGGCGGAGGUAAGGGCGGUGACUGGGGCAGUGGCAAAGGAGGUGACUGGCAUGGCAAAGGAAUGGGGGCCCUGGGCCCAGCUCCGAUGGCCGGAGGCAAGGGCCAGAAAGGCUUUGACGGGUACGGGCAGGGCCAGUACGGGCAGUACGGGGCCCAGGACACGCCGAUGGAGUUCCUGCAGGCCGAGCAGGACCCGGCGGUGUUAGCCAGCGUCUCCACCAUCCAGUUCGCGAUUCCUGUAGAAUCCGUGAGCCGCGUUUUAGGCAAAGGCGGCAUCUACUCCAAGGAGAUCUCCAGGCAUACGGGAGCCAAGUUGGUGAUUGACCCAGCCGUUCCGGGGGCGGAGACGUGCGUGGUGACCUUAACUGGUCAGGAUCUAGGAGAAAUGCUGGUAAUGCUGGUGGCAAAACUGCAGAAUCAAGGAUGCGAACGCAUGGCUUUGAAGCUGAGUCGUGCUGUGUGCCCUGAUCCGCAGAUGCUUCUUGGGAGCCACGGCAGUGCUCGAGACGGGGAAGGAGAGAUGCAGACAUCCAAGCCGAAGCAAAGUUUUCACGUCGGCAUUGGUACUGCAAGAUGCGAGUCAGCCGAGAGCGUCACAGCAAAGGAGGAUUCCAAGCUCCGGCCAACCAGAGACUCUGCAGACUCAUUGUCCAUGCCGGCGCUGCUGAAGAGCUCUUCACGACGGACCUCCACGGACCUGUACAGGAAAGUCGAAGGAAAGUUGAAGGAAGUUCAAGGCCAUGCAGACGCAGCUUUGGCAGCGGACGUAGACGUCGCACUGCGUUGCCUUGCGGACAGGAGGAUGGAAAAGGCAGAGGAGCAGGCACGUGCCAGCGCACAAGCCUUGAGCCGGCCCAGCAGUAAACCACUGCCUCCUGAAAGGGAUCCUUUUCUGCGAAUGGAGGCGCGGCACCGUGCACUCGAAGAGCGCCGCCGUACUGCGGAGCGCCGAAGCGGCAGCAGCGCUGGCGGUGCGGAGCAGGCUCGUGAAGCCAAGGGUCCCCCGAAGCCGCCGAGGAUGAUCCGUCAGCGCUCCAAGACAACCAAGAGCACCAGCGGAGGGCGGCAGAAACCUUUGGAGGUCGCUCGAGUUUGUCAGGACCUGGAAUCAGAAACUGCCAGUCUUGAUGCAGAAGUGGCGAAGGCCAAGGAGGAGAUUGAGCGGGAGGUCAAAGCAGUACGCGAGCUGCAUGCAGCGGAACAGGCCAGAGCUCGAAAGGCGUCUGAGGUCAGGAGCCUGGAGCAGCAGCUGGAAGAGGUCCAGCAGCAGAAGGACUCGGCCAAAUCAGCACAGCGUGAAAGAGCUGGGGCGGAGUUUGGCUCUUUGCUGGACGCUCUGGGGCAGAGAAUGAUGCGGGCACACUCCCGCUGGGCAUUGCAUCACCUAAGUGAUGCCAGCAAGAUGCUGAAGAGGAAGAGUAGGAUUGUUUCCAGUGCCCACAGCACGUUCGUCUUGUCGGCGUGUGCGCACGCUUGGCGUGAAGUGGCUUCAUCUGCAAUUGCGGAUCGUCAGGCUGCACAGCACCUGGAAGUCAUGCGGCGAGCACGGGAGGCGGCUCGGCUGGCAGAUGCUCACUAUACGAGGCGCUUGGCUUCCCGAAGCUGGCUUGCAUGGCGACUCGAAGUCCAUCACACGCAGACCGAGAGAUCCAAAGAGGCAGUCUCUGCAAAAGCCUCUGCUUUCCUGAACGCCCUCGCCCUUUCCGCUGCGGACGCCGACCCUUCACAGGCGCAAGCGGCCCCAGAUGCGGCAGAGCAUGUCGAAGCGUCCGAAGCUGCAGAAGCAGCGAUCUUGAGUCAGGUUGAAGAUGGCCCGACAGAGACCAGCCCGGCCGAGACUAACACAGAGACAGCAGAGCAGGCCACACCGGUACAAGCCUGCAACUCGCGUGAGGCACGUCCUGCCUCUCGAUCACGGGAGCUGCGUGCCAUAGAAAGGCGCGUGCAAGAGAGACGGAAAGCACAGGACGAGAGGCGGCAGCAACGACAGAGGAGACAGGCCGAAGAAGCUCAGCAAGAUUGUGUGGACAGUGACAGGUGCCAUCAAGCAAUUCCCGAUCCUGCAAGACGCCAACAGGAGGGGACGCAGGCGGCUUCCGCACAUCCCGGUGCCCAACAAGAGGGGUGUGGUCCAAGCCUCCCACCUGUGGCCAGCAAUAGCCAUGCAAGGCCAAAGGCCUUGCGAGAGAUGGAGAAGAGGGCGGAGGAGAGACGCCUUAUCCACGAGGAGCGAAAGAAACGCCAGAAGGAGAAGGAGGAGGAACAAAAGCAGAAGCAAGCUGAGGAGGAACAGGAGAAGCGCCUGGCAGAGGAGGAGGCCAAGCAGGAGCGCUUGCGUCUGCGCAAAGAGCAAGCCCAGGAGCAGCGACGCCUUCGGGCACAGCGGCUUGUCGCAGCCGCAAUCAGAAGAGAUCGUGAGCGUCAGGCUGUGGAACUCUACAGGCUUCAUCAAUACAUUCGGGUUUGGUGCGCUUUGCGCCAGGCCGUCAGUCAUACGGCCUUUUGGGACCUACUCGCCUUGAACCGGAGGCGGACAGCUUUGCUGAAGACCUGCUUCACAAACUGGCACCGGUAUCGUUUGCAUGCUGUAUCGGCGAAGUCAGCCGCACGACUUGCCCGAGCUCAUCUGGCGGUGACCUGGUUUGCACGACGCUUUGCCUUUCGAACGAUCGUGUCGUGGCUGAAGAAACUUCAAUUGGCCAAGCUCCGGCAGUAUUGGGCAGCAGUUGCGGCUUCGCGGCGGUGGUGUCUCUGCCUUUGGCUGAGAUGCUGGGCACUAUGCUCUGCAGAGUCGGCUUUGCAAAAGACAGCCACUGCCGUCCGACAACAUGUGCAGCUUUUGCUGAGAAGAAGCUUCUCUUGGUGGCAGACUGGUCUCAAGCAGCUACGCGUGGAAAAUGCCAUGGAGUCUCACAAGAGCGCUCUGCGAGACAGAAUUUCCAGCUGGUUGCAGGAGAUGGAGGACGAAGGGCCAAACCCCUCGAAGUUGGCCAUGCGCCGCGCGGGCUUGCUGCAGCGCAGAGAAGUUCAUCAAUACAAGGUCAGCUACGUCUCUGGCCGCUUGGCGUCUUUCCCCGCGCGCUUGCACCGGUACUACAAACAGCGCUAUACGCUCUUCUCCAGGUACGACCAUGGCAUCGAGAUUGACAAGGAUAUGUGGUAUUCAGUAACACCAGAGCCGAUUGCCAAAGAGCAGGCUCGAAAGGUGGCAGCUGCGCAGAGAGGCACGGGCUUCUGUGGUACAUGUGCGGGUCACUGGCACGAGGCUGAGUCUAAAAGCCCGUGUGCCUUUGUUGCGGCGGCUCCAAAAGGCCGACUCCUGCCAUAG